GGAGAAAUUCAGCUGAUAAUCAAACUCCACUGUGCAGCAGGCACUCGGGGGUAAUGGUGGUAUGUAGUGCAUGAUGGUGUGUGUGUGUGUGUGUGUGUGUGUGUGUGUGUGUGUGUGUGCCCUCAGUUCCUGUCUGUAAGUCUGGAUGGACUCGGUUUCAGUUCAAGUGCUACUUUUUCUCUAAAGACCUUGUGAAUUGGAACGAAGCUCGAGAUUCCUGCAGAAAAGAAAACGGCAUGCUGGUUAAAGUGGAAACAGAGGAGGAGCUGACUUUUCUGACUCUUGACCCGAAGCAGUACUGGGUUGGACUGACGGAUGAAGUCACAGGAAAGUGGAGAUGGGACGAUGGAUCACCUUUUGUCAGGAACGCACAUUGGUGGAAUGAAGGUCAGCCAGACAACUGGGAAGGUCACGGUUUGGGCGGAGGAGAGGACUGUGGACACCUGAAAGGAAACGGCAAACUAAACGACAAUCACUGCUCUGUAACAAUGCGAUAUAUCUGUCAGAUGUAAAUGAAGGGCUUUUCUUCUGUUCAGCUUGAAAUGAAAUGGAUUAAAAAAAAUAAUCUGGAUCCUUCAGUAUUAAAUAACUACAAGGCCAAUAUCAAAUCUACCAUUCAUCGGGAAAAUCCUUGAAAAAAUUGUCUUCAAUCAAUUAACUGCCUUCUUGAUAUCAAACAGCCGUUUUGAUAAUUUUCAGUCAGGUUUUCAUGCCAAUCACAGCACUGAAACAGCGCUGAUUAAAGUUAUAAAUGACAUAUGUCUUAAUACUGAUGCAGGCAAAACAUCGGUCCUGGUAUUACUGGACCUCAGUGCAGCUUUUGAUACUGUUGAUCACAACAUACUGCUAUAUCGACUUGAACAUUGGGUUGGGUUGACUGGUAAAGUUAUCAAUUGGUUAAAUUCAUACUUAAAAGAUAGAAGCUUCUUUGUUACCAUGGGAAAUUGUUCCUCAACGUCAAUGUCCUUGACCUGUGGUGUCCCCCAGGGGUCGAUUCUUGGACCAUUACUUUUCAACCUUUAUAUGCUCCCACUUGGGCAAAUUAUCAAUAAAAAAUUCAAUUUUGUAUCACUGCUAUGCAGAUGACAUCCAAAUUUAUUUUGCUUUAUCACCUAAUGAUUAUGCCCCCCUUGAAUGUCUCUACCAGUGUAUCGAUCAAAUCUACAACUGGAUGUCACAAAAUUUUCUUCAGCUGAACACAGAUAAAACAGAAGUAAUUCUAUUUGGAAAAAAAGAUGAAAGACUCAGGAUUACCACUAUUCUUGACACAAAAGGGAUUAAAACUAAAGAAAUGGUUAAAAAUCUUGGUGUUUUCAUUGACAGCGAGCUAAACUUUGACAGUCACAUGAAAGCAAUCACUAAAACGGCAUUCUAUCACCUAAAAAACAUUUCCAAACUAAGAGGACUUAUGUCAAAAAAUUAUCUGGAAAAACUGAUACAUGCCUUCAUCUCUAGUAGGGUUGAUUACUGCAAUGGCCUUUUCACAGGCCUGCCAAAAAAGACCAUCAAACGACUUCAGGUGAUUCAAAAUGCAGCGGCGAGGGUUCUCACACGAACAAAAAGAACAGAGCACAUUACUCCAGUUCUAAGGUCCCUUCACUGGCUUCCAGUAAGCUACAGAAUUGACUUUAAAGCAUUGCUGCUGGUGUACAAAUCUCUAAAUGGUACAGGGCCCAAUUACCUCUCUGAUAUGUUGCAGCGGCCUAACCCAAUCAGAUCUACCAGAUCGCAGCAGCAAAAUUUACUGUUAAAACCUGUUGUUAAAACAAAGUGUGGUGAAGCAGCUUUUAGCUACUAUGCAGUGCAGCUAUGGAACCAACUGCCAGAGGACAUCAAAAAUGCUCCUGCUGUUGGCAGCUUCAAAUCUAGACUAAAGACCAAGCUGUUCUCAGAUGCUUUCUGUUAAAUAAUUAAUAUUGUCUUC